AUGGGACAAGCUAAGAGUCAAUUUUCUGAGGAUGAACUACAAGACUAUCAGGAUUUGACAUAUUUCACUAAAAAGGAAGUUUUAUAUGCCCACAACAAAUUUAAAGCAUUAGCUCCUGAAAAAGUGGGUCAUAACAAGAAUGCUAAACUUCCAAUGGCUAAAAUACUACAAUAUCCAGAAUUAAGUGUAAAUCCAUUCGGAGAACGGAUUUGUGAGGUAUUUAGCUCUAGUCACGAUGGUGAUUGUACUUUUGAAGAUUUCUUGGAUAUGAUGUCAGUUUUAAGUGAAGCAGCUCCAAAAUCUGUAAAAGCAGAACAUGCUUUUCGAAUAUUUGAUUAUGAUGGAGAUGAUAUGUUGGGAGUAUCAGACUUGAAAAAAGUUAUCACAAAGUUAACUGGUGACCAUAAACUUAGCGAAACAGAAAUAAAUAUGUUGAUAGAGAAUGUAUUAGAAGAAGCAGAUAUGGAUGAUGAUGGUUCGUUAUCUUUUGCUGAAUUUGAACAUAUCACAGACAGAUCUUCAGAUUUUCUAUGUGCUUUUCGGAUUCGUUUGUAG